GCACGAAAGCAAAACAACCGAGAAUGAUUGAUUUUUCGUCGUGCGUUGCUUUCGUGAAAAGUAGGCGACGACGACGACGACGACGACGAGUGACUGCGAGGAAAAGCGGGCAGCUGUAGAAAAAUUUUCACAUUCACAUUCGUCGCGCUGACGAGCAGAGGGGACGAUCUCCGGGAAAAAAACCUAGUCCCUUCUAAAAUAAAAAAUAUAAAAAAAAAAUUGGCAAAAAAAAAAUAGAAUGGAAAAUCCAUCAAAAUUAAAUUAGUGUAAAUAGUUGUUUUAAGCAAAAUUUUCAGUGCCCAUUUUAAAAUUCGCAGUGACAAAAGUAUGUGCGUGUAGUCGAAAUUGUAGUGCAAUCCGAAUCCGAAUUGUUAUUUAAGCAGCCUAAGGACGAAAAGCAGCUGAAAAAAAAAAAUAGAGAAAGAAAAGGUAGUAACUGAGAAAACUCGCAUCUACGUCACAAGCUGCUGUUGUGCGUUCGUGUGUCUCUGUGUGUGUGAGUGUGUGCAUGCGUGUUUGUGUAACCCCCGGAAAUGUAACACGCACACCAGCGCAGUUGGAAAAACUUGCACCUGAAAGUUUCGUGUCGUGUAUUCCAUUUUCCCCCAUCUUCGUGCGCCUGCUCGUGCAGGACCAGAGCCAGAGACAGAGCCAUAAGAGCCAUCCGAUCCACCAAAGGGCAGCAUCUAGGGGAAGCGUCGAGGCGCAGAGCGGAGUCGCCCGAGUGCAGCCGUAGAAAGCCAUGGACUCGCUCAAGUUACCCAAGGGCAACAGUGCCAAUAGCAGUGCCAGCGGCAGCAACAGUAACCUGUCCGCCGCAUCCACAUCAGCUUCCGCAUCCGCAUCUGCCGCCACAUCGCCCACAUCGUCCGGUAACGUGGUUAGUGGCAUGGCCAGCUCAACAAAAUCGCCACCGGGCCUAAGCAACAGCAGCACCACACCGAUCUCGGUGCGGUUCAAUGCCAAUGAGGAGUCUCUGGACGAUAUCCUGCAAUCCUUCCAUCACAGCAAGCUCAGUCCCAGUGGCGGAGCGAGCGGUGGCGGCGAUGCCUCGCCCACCUCCACCACCACCAACACCCACAACCUGUUGGGCAUGAAGAACAAUGGUCUGGGUCUCAGCGGCAGCCUGGUGGUGGGCAGUGCCUGUGACUCCCUAUCCAGCAGCCCCUCGGCUCCCCAGAUGCAAGCGGCUGCGGCAGCUCUAUUUGGUACCGAUGAAGUAAAUAUGCGAAAUAGUUUCCUCCAAGGCGGUGGCUUCUUCAAUCGCAAAAGAUCUAGCAGCAUCGAGGGAGUUUCCCCAACCUCCAGUGGAUCCAGUCUUAUAUCGACACUCUCAACAGCCGGCACAGCGAUUGGAGGCGGCGGAGGAGGCGGGAGCGUUGCCGGAGGAGUCGGGUCGGGCUCCGCUGGCGACGGAAGCAGUAGCGGCGGCACCUGGAAGCUAAUCAAGGGUAAGGUCACCCAGACUAUCGAGGAGAUCAAGUCCUCCAAGCAUCCGCAACCAGCGAUUCCCAUUAUUGUGGCAGAUCCGCCCUCAAUCGGGUGGACCAACGAUCCAGAUUCGGAUACCGAGUGCAUCACUGUGAAUACGUCGAUCAGUGAGGAGCUACCGCUGGAUCAGGAGACGAAGCAGAACUCUGACUCGGACGCGGAAGCCGAGGUGCUCCAGCACGACAGCAGCAGCUUGGGAAGCGUCGACGUCGCUGUUCCCGCUGCUGGCCAUUCGGAACGAUCGCGUCUGCGUCGGGGACUGGCCCACAUCCGGUCGAAGGUGAAGGCCAAACAACAAGCAGCCGCCAUGUCCAAGAAGGACAUAAGUCCCAGCGGUGCAGGAGGAGUUCCGGUUGCCCCCGCAGCGAACACACCAGGCAGUAGCGCCUCAAUACGUAGUGGCUUCCUGAGGCGGAGAAAUGUUGUGGAAGCGAGCAUGGAACCUUCCACCAGCCAUCAGGCAGAGAUUCCCAUUGUCAGUGGAAAGACCAAGAAGCGAGGAAUCCUUCUUGCCCGUAAGGAUGUGGAAAUAGAAUCCGGCGUGGAGGUUCUCGAGGACAUGAUGCCGCAGAAUGCGGCGGAUGCCGAGCAGUCCAAGGAGUCAGAGGGAAAGGGAAAAAAUUCCCCAGAUGAGCCAGAUGCCGAGUCAGCCCCAACUCUAAAAGUUAUUCUGGCCGCGGGCAGUUCUGUAAUGGCACACGUCACUCCCUCUGUGUCCUCUGUGGUAAUGUCCAAGAAUUUGCGGAGCAAGCAGAGCUUCCUAUCGACUCUGAGCGCGGUCAGCGUAAACCAAUGGCGGGAGAGGCACCAAGGCGCCACAGCAUUCGCCUUUCCGGUUAUUUUGUCCAUCAUCCUGGGCGUUCUCAUAAUCCUGCCACUGCACGACUUUCUGCGGGGAAUCUUUGCCACGCUGCUAUUCUUCACCAUCAUGGAUGCCUGUGGCCAUCGACUGAGGGCGUUUCUAGAGGACUUGAUCCUCAGCACGCACCCGGAGAGAGUAUCUUUUGCAAUUCCCAACUACAAGGACAUGCCCAUUUGCGAGAUUCCGGCGGUGGAGGAACACAAGACCAUCAAGACCUAUUCCGGCUGGAUGAACGAACUAAAUAGCUACGAUCCUGCCACCUUCUCCUUCAGCUUGACGCGAGCGGUCUAUGUGCGUCUGGACGGAAGCAUUCUGAAGAUGUCGGGCACGAACGCCAGGAUCCCCAAACGACGUAUGUGGAACGAGCCAACCAUCGAUCGUCACAAGAUCCUGUUCACAGAUCACAGAUCCUACGACCUCCGAGAUUGUCGCAUUGAGCUCUUGCCUUUGGGUUUGGCCAAAAAGCGAUUUUUCAACCGCAAGUAUCCCAUUCAAUUGAUCAUCAAGAACAACAGGGACUUGGAAGAGGAACCAUCGAUGGACAGUCUAACUGAUAAUACGAUCCAGCCGUUUGUUAAGGAGACCAAAUCUGGGAGCACAACUGCUUCCACGCCGCCAGGACCCGAGGACCAGCGGGAUGAGAAGCAAGUUGACUUUGGCGCCACCAUAAUGCAGGCGAAUUUACAGGAUCUGCGUAAUUGCGUGAAUCCCGACAAGGAGCUGAACGAGAUCACCAUGCCCUGUGGCGAUGAGGUGCGCCUGCUGCUCUUCUCCCGCUGCGACAGGGAGAAGGAAGAUUGGUACCGUCGUUUCAUGGCUGCCAGCAAGGGACAGGUCCACGAACGAGAUCUGAAGGUGCCGAUGGCCCGGUUCGUAGAGGAUGCGGAUCUGCAAGCUGCUGCCGCCAGACACGCCAUGCAGCUAGUCAGCGGAAUGGGUCCAAUGGCAGUCGCUAAGAACAAAGGAAAAGAUAAAGAACCGGAAGAGCAGAACGAGGAUGUGGCAUCUACGAGUCCGCCGGCUAUUGAUGAGGCGGAACAACCUGACCAGUUCGAAAACAUCACCGAGGAAGACUUGAUGGAAACGCCCAAAGAGGAUGACUUCGAAGGCAUGAUAAUGAGUGCCAAUGUGGCCAGGAAUCAGCCGGACUAUGUCCGAUUUAUGGCCAUCUACCAGAAAUCUUGUAAUCGGACCUCCAUACCCGUCACGCGAGGUUCGGUUGGAAAUAUGCGAUCCGCUGAACAACGCCCUAGAAAAACUCGUCGUGCCAAACGCCAGGAGGAUGAACUUUGGAAGGGCAUAGACCAAUCUCUAUUCCUGGGUCCUUCAGGCAGCAUUGUGUGGGCCAAUGUCCUUGUGGGUCGUUGCCUUUAUAGCUGGCUACACGAUGCCGAUUUACACGAGAAGAUCAAAGAGGUCUUGCAAAAGAAACUCAACUCCAUCAAGCUUCCCAGCUUCAUGGAAGAGGUGAUCAUCACAAACAUAUAUCUCGGCAAGUCGCCAGUGCUGUGCCAUCGCGUCUCCCAGCCCAUGUUGGACGAGCGUGGUGUCUGGGUGGACGCGGACAUCACCUACGAGGGCCUGUCCCACAUCACAGUGACCACAAAGUUGAAUCUACUGCGCAUCCGGGGGAAAUCAAAGUCCCCAUUGGUGUCGGAAGCAUCCAACGUCACGGCAGCCGCAGAGAACCAAACUCCGGAGACGCGCAGCACUGCGGAUGGUACCAGUGAGAACGUAAUCUAUGACAGUGAUGCUGAAAGCUCGGGCGAUUCAUCCACCGAAUCCGAAAGCCCACCGCCAGGAAAUGCCCAGGAGAAUCCGGCUGGAACUGAAUUCUUCCAGAACUCACCGGGAAAUGCCCGACGAAUUUUUAAGAUUGUCGACCGGAUAGCUGCCUCCAACCUAUUCCAAUAUGCCACCGAACUUCCUUACGUGCAGCGAGCCAUGGAGAACAUGAACGCCAACAUAACGCUGCGAGUGGAUCUCAAGGGUAUGGUGGCCAGAGGCACAAUUAAUAUGCCACCGCCGCCCUCCGACCGGCUGUGGGUCAGUUUCCGGGGUCCGCCGCGUCUGUGGAUGUCCACCAAGCCCCAAGUGGGCGACAAAUCCGUCGACUGGUCGAUCGUGACCAAUGUAAUCGAGAGCAAGCUGUGCGAGGCUGUCAACAAGUUUCUGGUCUACCCGAACAUGGUGGACUUUUCUAUUCCGUUUCUUAGCCAUCCCAAUACCGAUAACGAUCCGACCGGUGCACCCAAUUGAAUCCAUUGUGGACUCUGUUGAGGCAAUAUUUAUAGAGAUUUGAUGAAUUUAACACAAAGUGUGAGCGAGAUUUUCUACGUUAACUUUUUCUUAGUGUUGAUAUAAGCUAGAAGCCUAGCUUAGAUCUGCGAUCUCUGGUUCCGACUGCAAAAGCCUAUAUCUGGAACGACCGAUUCCAAAUGACAAGUUACAAAAAAAAAAAAUGAAAUAUGAAACUAAACAAACGCUUAUUUUGAUCACAUUCUGUUCAAUCCACCACGAACCCAAUAUCUAUAUAUAAACUUUAGGUAAUCCCCUGGCUCUUAUGGCUGCUACAAUAAUUUACAAAUUUCCAAAAAAAAAGUUAAGGAAAGCAUAUUCAAUAUGCUGCAACAGCCGCUCUGUGAGGUCAUGACGACAAGUAUUCCAAUAGCAUAAUGCAGGCAUACAUAUAUUAGCUCUACGGCGUAACCACUAUUCUAUAUGAAAACCACUCCACAUAUAUACACUCCUAUAUAUUUAUAUAUACAUAUAUUCCAAGUAGAUUAGUAAUAGUAUAUGCGUGUGAAUUUUAAAUAAGAAAUACGAAUUUUAUUUUGCGGUGUGUGGUAUAUCACUAUUUUUAAUCGAUCGAAAACCAAAAAAGAAAAUGCAUAAGUACUUAAAGCGUUUCAACUAUUUAAUAACAAUACUAGGAGGUAUAAGAUUGUAAGAUGAUCAAGGAUGCCAAAUGAGAACAAAACUAUUCCCUUGGGUUCCAAUUUUUGCAACUAAAAAGACAACCAUUAAGAUAUAUCAUUUACAAGGUUGUUUUCCAGGCUAAUCAAUAAGUAAAUCAUUUUAUCAACAACACAAUAUAUGUAAAAAAAUAAAAUAUUUCAAUGUUUUUCAUAAAUAAAUGGAAGCUAUUUGCUGGCAGUACUCUGGUGUUUGUUCCAAGAGGGGUUUUGGCCAAGAUGGGGAGAGCUUUAAGCUUUCGUUAACAGUGAGUUAACAGUGGGCUGAAAAGAGAUGGCUCAAAUAAAACUCACAUAAUAAUAAUUUGAUUUAAUUUUUCUCUUUAUUUAAAUUACUUUUUCAUUCACGUUCAGAAAUGUACAUUUUUAAAUUGGAUUUUGCAUUGCGUUCGUUUUGGGGGGAAAUUGAAUGAGUUUUUCUUUCGAUUUUGUAUGUCUUCAUUGCGCUGUUUUUCCCAAAAAGUACAUUAGAUAAACUACAGACAUAUGUACGUGUAUAUAAUAUGCAUUAAUAAUAGUUAUAUAUGUAUAUAUAGAAUUCAAAAAUGUACAACAUUCAUUUUUAACAAAAGGACCCAGAACACGACGCUGCAUAUCCUGGGCGUGUGUAGUUAAAAACUCGAAGAUAGCCAUAGCAAAAACAACUAAAGUUACAACUUAAGAUUAGAGACUUAUUAACUAAUA